AUGAAUCGGAAUCACCGUGCUUGCAUUCGAAACCAGGGAAAGUCAGCGGAAAGGACAAGCUUGGAUCCCAAGGGACAUCAAAAAGGACCAACAUUAAUUUUGAAGUUUGGUCUCAUCCUCAUCAGGUUCACUAAAUCAAACCAUCCCUGGUCCUGUCACUGCAUGAAACUUAUAGUGCCACACUUUGUCAAUUCCCAAAACGAGCCCAUUUGCCACCUUCGACGCCUCAAUCUACUUGCCUUGAUGUGCGAUGCAUGGCGCUCGCCGCGCUUCUCCUUCGACCAGGUAUGUUCUUUCAACUUCCGACGUUGA